CUGCACACCUUUGGAAAGUGCUGCGCCAGGAAUUCUCCACACAUCUCACUGCGUUACAGAGUCUGCUGUGUUGCAAGUGAAGUCGGCUGUGAUGGCCAAGCUCCAGGGCUUUGAGUUCUGGAGGGAUACCCUGAAACAAGCACGCUUUGUGGUGGCGCCCAUGGUGGACCAGAGCGAGCUGGCCUGGCGUCUGCUGAGCCGCCGGCACGGUGCUCAGCUCUGCUACACCCCCAUGCUGCACGCUCAGGUGUUUGUUCGUGAUGCCAACUACAGGAGGGAAAACCUCUACAAUGAGGUGUGUGAAGAGGACAGACCUCUCAUCACACAGUUUUGUGCCAAUGAUCCGGAGGUGUUCAUUAAGGCAGCUCUGCUGGCCCAGGACUACUGCGAUGCUAUCGACCUCAAUCUGGGCUGUCCGCAGAUGAUCGCUAAGAGGGGGCACUAUGGAGUUUUCCUACAAGAUGAAUGGGAGCUGUUAGAGAAAAUGGUCAGGUUAGCCAACGAAAAGCUCUCUGUGCCCAUCACUUGUAAGAUCCGUGUAUUCAAGGAGUUGGAAAAGACGGUCCGCUAUGCCCAGAUGCUGGAGAAGGCUGGAUGUCAGCUGUUGACAGUGCAUGGCAGAACCAAAGACCAGAAAGGAGCCAUGACAGGCAUCGCUAGCUGGGAGCACAUCAAGGCAGUACGGAAGGCAGUAAAUAUUCCAGUGUUUGCAAAUGGCAACAUUCAGCACCUGAGUGAUGUGGAGCGCUGCAUUCAGGAGACGGGGGUGCAGGGAGUUAUGAGUGCAGAGGGGAACCUCCACAACCCAGCACUGUUUGAGGGAUGCAGCCCUCCGGUGUGGGAGAUGGCUGAGGAGUAUCUAGAGGUGGUGAAGCAGUAUCCCCCCUGCUCUCUGUCCUACGUACGAGCCCACCUCUUCAAGCUCUGGCACCACACGCUACAGAUUCACCAGGACCUGAGGGAGGACUUGGCUAAGGUGAAGACCCUCGAGGCUUUGGCCGAUGUCAGCAAACAGCUGAGGCUGCGCUGCCAGGAGGAGAUAGCCAAAGGAAAGGAAGUGGAAGAGAAGGAGGGCGGCCUGCCGUUCCCCCACUGGAUCUGCCAGCCGUAUGUCAGACCACCGCCAAAGGAGCCAGUUGCCAACGGUAACAGCCAGGGUUCAGAGGUGAAGAAGACAGUGUGUCAGAAGAGGGCACUGGAGGACUCAGACGGAACAGCUGACAGGCUCUCCAAAAACAAGCAGAAGAAGAGAUCUCGAAACCCCAAAAAGAACUUCUGUCCUGAGCAGAAACCCAAGUACAUCAAAUGUGAACAGUGUGGGAACCCAAAGGGAAAUAAAUGUGUCUUCAGCCUGUGUCGAGGCUGCUGUAAGAAGAAGGCCUACAAAGAGGUGGCAGACUGUCCAAGCCACGGGCUGAGGUUCAAGACCAAGGCAGAGAAACAGAAAGCAGAGGAGUCUGAGAGGAAGGACGAGUCCGUGCCAGAGACAGAGACGGACAGCAGCCCUCCUCAGCUUCUCUCAGAUGCCUGUACAGAGCUGCAGGAGAAGCCCAGCACACUGCUGCCACUAUGAGCACGACGAUGGCUGCCUCUACAUGUGCUAACCAUUCUCAAACCACAAAACACUCAACGCCUUCAAAACAUUUUCAUGUCCAGAAUUCAAGUAGGUUCACGCCAAGGUCUUCAUCAAGCCGUCUUACCUGCUGAAAGACAGCCCAGUCUAAAUGUUCACCACCGACUUUGGUUCAGUUUGCUGGUGAUGAACACACAGAGGACAAGCUGUCGUAGUUCUUAAUGCAGCAGAGAGAUGCAGUUGGAGUUUGAUAAAAACCUUCAGGUGAAGUUAGGUGUGUACAUGUAGAGGUGGCCAAUGAUCAGCCAGGACACAUACUGUAACCUCAACAAGAGUUAUCCAGGAAGAGACUGAUGCUGGACUAUGGAUGGACUGAUCAGCAGACCACAUCCAUAAAGUAACAAACUGUUUUAUGACUCAUGGGAUUUCCAGGAUAACGAUGGUCUUUUAACUGGUUACUUUACUUUCUUUUUUUUUUAUUAUUAUUUGGAAAGUUACCUCACAGAAAUUGAAGAGUUUUUAUCCUGAAGACAAAGAUUUUAUGAGGAUGAGCUGGAACGUCAUUUUACCCAAAGUUGUUACUGAGCCACCAAAGCAGAGAGAUCAGUAACUGUCAGAGUCGCGCAGAAAAUAGCUGCAUUGUCAACUCACUAGUUUAUUUAUUUUGGGUGAAGGUUUGCCUGUAGUGCAUUGACUUAUGUAUGUGCCUUUUGAUGAGAAGUAAAACUGCCUAUCCAGAUAUGAACUCGAGCUCAUGAGGGGGGAAAAAGGGGGAACAAGGUCAAAGUGGUGCUCCAUCUGCUGUGGUCUAAAACAUGCUCAGUGACUGCACAAUCCAAAGGAAAUGUACUGAAAGGUGCUACCUGUGUACGUGUAUAAUACAGCGUGAAGAGAAACACUGACACUCUGGGAAACAUGCAUUGGUUUUUAAAUCACCUUGAUAGAUAAGAAGCUGUGUAUCAGAUUCAUCUCUAGGUGUUCGGUCAAGCUAAUCACAAAGAGUAGAGGCUAUCGUAGCUCCAACAAAAGAAAAAACAGAUUUUGUGACACAGAUGACUUUUAGAUGUGAUGGUGACUUGAUUGCUUGCUAACAAAACACAGCAUGUAAAAAAACAGAAGAACAAGAAGAUUUCGGAGACUUUUUUUUCUUUUGAUGGAGCCUCGCUGGUUCCGGUGAUUCUAGUCUUUGCGUAAACUAUCCUAAAAAUGUCCGACGUCUCCGCUGAAUCCACACACAGCUAACUGAUAUUGACCCUCUCAUCUGACUGAAAGGUCCUUUUUUUUAAAAUCUGAAGUACUUUUCUAUGACAGUAAAGAUUCAUGACAAAACAAGCAACAACUGAAGUUAUGGUUGGUUAAAGAAACUCAUCUGUGGGUCAUCAUCGGGGGUGUGGGUGUGAGGUUUGAUUAACAGUGACCUGGUAAGAGAAGCAAACAUCCCCACAGCUGCCAUCAGAUACCUACUCAAAUAAUCCUGAUUGGUGGAUGGAUGUAGAUGCUGUGACCUUUUUUACUCUUGUGAAAUAAACUGUUCGAAGUUGGACAGAAAAACAGAAAUAUAUGUUUUCAGGGGUUAAAGUAAGACAUCUAACCCUUCUAUGCCCAUUAUCAACGUGUUUUUACUAGAGUAAUUAUUACUCUAAUGAGCAGUCUUAAAAGAGUAGAGGUGCUAAUUCAUGUAACACGUCAUUUAUUUAUGUGUGCAUGUGGCUAUGACCGGCAUCUACAACCUAAACUAUAAAAAAUAACAUUCAUAAUCAUAUAACUUAGUAAAAUGCUUAUUCAAGUAAAAUACAGUACAGAGCAAUUCAACAAUUUCUAAAAAAAAAUA